CAAAUCUUGAACGCGUUUAGGCCCACAAUCAGGACCUUGAGACUAAAUCAGGGUACCUUUAGAGCGGAAGUCUUCCUUGCCGGGAGUCGUUCGUGGUUGGGCACCAUCUUAUUUAUGUUCAGACCUUACCACGAAUAAGAUUUUUUCUUUGACAAAACAUCUAACUUACAGCGCACAAGCUCAAUCGUUGUAGUUGCAAGCAAUGGAAAAUCUCGUGCUUGGACAAUCGGCUAUGGCUAUCCCACUGAAAAGUCCGAUGGUGCAGGAUGUUCUUCAGAAACUCAACUCGAUUGGAGCCGACUUCGUUUGGAUCUUUGCUGUAUAUGAAGAGCAAAAGCGUAUCAAUAAGGAGUUGAAGGAUGAAAUUACCAACGUCUCAGCUUCCCACGAACUUCUACGCCAGACAUAUGAUCUUGCAGAACAGAAGAUCACGUCGCUUGAGUCUCGGCUAUACAACAGCUGCAAUGAUACAAGCGAUAGCUACACCGAAGUUUCUUUGGAAAGCUCAACUAGAGAAAAGAUAAAGGACCAGCAAGAUCAGAUAUCCUAUCUCGUAGCGGAGAGCCGCAGGGUGGAACGCAGACAUAAGGCUGAAAUGGCGGCAAUGGCUGAGAUCACCACGAAAUACGAAGAGGCUCUGGCGCAUAUGAGUGCUUUGGUUGCUGCCGGCGCAAAGAAGAUAGCAGAGCUUGAAGCGGGAGGCGAAUCUCAAACCAGCGAUCUUGAGAUGAAUAAAUGUGAAGAGGCUUGAGUUGUGCUUGUUUGCUACAGUGUUCGAUCUCAUUCAAUGAAGAUUGUUUCUG